AUGGCCGAACAGGAAAGCUCUGCAGCGGCUGCUGAUAUGCCCUAUAAUGAUGCUGGGAACCCUGCAGCUAGAAAGGAGGCAAACGGCACCACCCCCAGUCGAACGUAUCAGCCACCGCAUCGGACGACGGUCUCGCAGGUCACUACUCCGGAGUUUCUGAAACUUGCAAACCCCGGUCCCUUGGGAUUGAUUGCCUUCGCAAUCACCACAUUUGUAGUUGGUCUAUUGGAGUGUGGUGCCGGACUUCCCCACUCAAACCCCAAUGGCACUGUUGGCCCUAACCAAGCCGCAUUCGGACUCGUCGUGUUCAUGGGCGGAACGGCCCAGGUUCUGGCGGGAAUCAUGCAAUUCCGCAUCGGAAACACCUUCGGUACCACCAUUCACUGCUCCUACGGCGCUUUCUGGCUGAGCUAUGGAAUGUUCAUGCUGCAAUACCUUGGCCUUGAAGCUGCCUAUAAGGGUGAUAUGAGAGCGUAUUCAUUUGCCCUCGGGAUUUACCUGAUCGCGUGGUGUUUCCUGACAAUUCUGUUCUUCAUCGCCGCACUUCGGACCAACGUCGCCAUCUUGUUAGUUUUCUUCUUCCUGGCUCUCGCAUUCCUUUUCCUCGGUAUUGCCGAGUUCACCCUCACGGAACACGCUACUGCCAGCGAGCGGUUGAAUAAAUCGGGUGGGGCUUUCGCAGUUAUUUGUUCAAUGUGCGCCUUCUAUGCUGGUGCAUCCGGUCUUAUGUUACCUGAAACCACCUGGGUCCGAUUCCCACUGGGCGAGUUCUCAAGCAGCGUCUAG